GACAAAGUGUGGGUUUUAGCGGACGCACACUGCGGAAGAUCCCCUUUCUUGCACAUGCUCUUCAUGCUGACUCACCUGUGGUCUCAUUACCCAGAUUCCUAAGUGCUAUGCAGAUGGCUGUUUUAAAACAGAAAGAAGAUAAAUUACAAAUAUCUGUACCUGAUAGUUGUUAGAAUUUUUUAGUUCUUAUAGGAUAUAUUUUAUAUAUAAUCAAGAUAAUGGUAACAACAUAAGAAUUUAUAAUUAUUUAGAUUCCCUCUUUUAUGUAUAUACUGUGUAAUGUAUUUUGUAAUUUAUACACAAGAAUGCAUUUAUAUCACAUAACAAUUAUGUAUACUCUUUUUAGGUUUUUCAUUCUUUUUGGGUCAUCCUGCCUAGGUGGGAAAUGGCCAAUAUGUUAAAACAAAAAUUAAUACAUAUUUAUGUUGUAUAGUAUUGAUUAACUUUUUCUUAUUUAUUUGUAAUUGUAAUAGUGGCCAGGUGUUUUUAGUAUGUUUUGCAUUUUCAUUCAACUGUCAAAAUAACUAAUUUUUUAUUUGAUUUCACACACACACUCUGACUAUGGAAGUUUCUUUUUAUGUGACAUUAAACUGUGAAUAGCU